AGGCGCUUAAGUUACCUACUCAGACUGUGACACGUUAAUUAUUUUCGUUAAAUUUGUUAAUUUCUGCUGUAAGUAUUUAUUGAGAAAAGCGUGGUGAGAAAGGCUUAGUAUUUGUGGAAAAUGGCAGAAGUCACAGAAGCGAAUGCAUCAUCCCUGACGGAGCUGCUGGCUGCGGGUAGGCGACACCUUGCUGUUAGAGACUGGAGCUCUGCUGUGGAGACUUUAGCUAAGGCUUGUGAACAACUGGCUAAGGAGCAUGGUGACUUGGCUGACCAGUGUGCUGAACCCUACCUGUGGUAUGGGAAAUCGUUGCUUGGUCUGUCCAGAGAAGAAAGUGGUGUUUUAGGAGAUGGUGUGCCUGGUGCUAACAAUGAAGAUGAUGAUGAAGACCAAGAAGAGAAUGGUGAAAAUGAAAAUGGAGAAGCAGAAGAGAAUGAAGAAAACAAAGAGGUCAAGGAAACCAAAGACAAUGACGAAGAAAUUGCUGAAGAGAAUGGAGAAACUGAAAAGAAUGAGCCAAAGUCCACCACAGCAGAUGCUGAACCCAGCAAAAGCAAAGCUGAUGAUGAUGAUGUUGAACCUGGUCCAUCAAACAGCAAUGAUGAGUCCGUGAUGGAGAAUGAAGAUGAUGUAGACAACUUGCAGUUGGCUUGGGAGAUGCUUGACCUGUCGCGCAACAUCCUGGCGCGGCGCGCGGCGCAGGGCGGCGACGCUGCGCGUGCGCUGCUCGCCGACGUGCACCUCGCGCUCGGCGAGGUCGCCCUCGAGAGUGAGACCUAUGACAAGGCGGUGCUUGACAUGCAGAGCUGUUUGGAGAUACAGAAGGAGCUUUAUCGCAGUGACGACAGACGCAUUGCAGAGACGCACUACCAAAUUGGUCUGGCUAACUCCCUUGCGUCAAACUUUGAAGACGCGAUAACACACUUCAAGAACGCAGCGAACAUUUUAGAAAGUCGAAUUAGAACCUUGGAGAACCCAACAGCUGCCUCUCUAGACGCUACAGUCAAGAAAUUCACCACUGCAGACCCGUUCUACUCCAUUGAAAGUGAAAUCAAGGAGUUGAAGGAACUCUUACCUGAAAUCCAGGAGAAAAUACAAGACAUGAUGGAUUAUAAAGCUGAGACUAUAAAACGCGUUCGCGAAACGCUUUGCCCUUCGAACGGAGCGUCAUCAUCUAACGGCGCAUCAUCAUCAAACGGUGCCAGCAGCAGCAGCAGCACAGAACAGAAACCUGUGUCAAACAUCUCACACCUGAUCAAGCGAAAACGCAAAGCCAGUGAGACUGAAGAAACACCCGCUAAGAAACCUGCUACGUGAAUUUUGCGUUUAUAACUUUAGGUGAACUGCAUA